ACAUUGGUUUCUAGUAGGUAGAGUUGAGAGAUAAGAAAAUAUCUUUCUAUUUCCCUCUGACCAAAUUCUGCUACCCUUUGCAGUAGUAUCAGAUAGCUCCUCUCAUAAACUGGGUCAGGAUUCUUCUCUUUCUCCCUCACAUUAACUGCUAGAAAACCUUUCCCUUUGCCCUUUUCUUGGUAGUGGUAAAAUCUUCUUUCUAUGAUUCUGGGAUCAGCGGCUGCAAAAAGGUUUCAGCUUUGAGAGCAUCAAGAAACUAUAGCAACAACAGCACCAAGAUCAAAAUGAAGGAAAGCAAGUAGCUUUUGAGUAGAGUAAGUAGUACUAGAACUCUUUUUUUAAGGUAGCAAGAAUUUUAGGAUGAGCAGAAAAGAAAGAUGAGGAAUCUUGAUUUUCAGAUAAAUCAGCAGCAACAGCUACAGAAUCCUGUGUACCGAGAAACUCAACAACAAAAUCUUGACAUACAGCAACCCCUUCACCAACAACACCGUCAUCUUCUGCAAAACAAUCAAGAAUAUGGGGAAGCCUUAAACUUAAGCCAAGCAGAAGUAGAGCCUAGCAGACAAUCUUUACAAUUUACAAAAUCUAGACAGAGAACAGGAAUGAAGGGCGCUGUAGGAGAAAUUGUUCAAGCUCAAGGAGGCCACAUUCUUCGGUCUACUGGCCGUAAAGAUCGACACAGCAAGGUUUGUACUGCUAAAGGUCCUAGAGACCGCAGGGUUCGAUUAUCUGCUCAUACCGCCAUAGAUUUCUACGAUGUUCAAGACCGGCUAGGCUACGAUAGACCGAGUAAAGCAGUUGAUUGGCUCAUUAAGAAAGCAAAGUCUGCGAUCGACAAACUUGAUGAGCUUCCACCUUGGCAUCCAACUGCUAAUGAUACUAACGAAGCCAUGGAAACGGACCAGAAUGUUGAGCCUACUGAAAUGCCUAUCGGCGAGCAAUUAGAAUCUUCUGGCUAUACAUUUCAGCCCCAUAAAAGUAAUUAUUCAUCUUUCGUUUCACCAACUAUAGACCCUGAUGCCCUUAAUGAUACUAUGAAAUCUUUGUUUCCAACAAGCUCCGCAAACUCUUCAAUGCACUUCCAGAGUUAUCCGCCUGAUAUAAUCUCAAGAACCAUAAACCACACUGAAGAUCUUGGUCUAUCACUUCAUUCUUUUCAAAACCAAAGUCUAAUUCAUGGGCAGUCACAGGCAGGCACAAGCCAUACACCUUCAGAUGAACUUGCAUCAGCUCAAGUUGAGUAUGAACCCAAUUUGAUAGGUUGGAGCAAUAAUACUAGUGCAAGAAGUAGAGCUGGUGGUGCGUUUUCAUUUAACCCUCUACCAAUACCUCUACAACAAGCAAUGUUCAGCCAGAACUCAGCACUUUCUCAGAGGGGAUCCCUUCAGUCCAAUUUUUCUCAAUCUAUGCAUACUUGGAAUGAUCUUACUAUGUCAUCACCAGAUCACCAUAGAACACAGGUAAUUCAUCAGCCUUUCAUUUUUGGCAGUAGGUUUGCUCCUGAAGCAUUGGCAGGUCAUAGCAUUCCAGCGCAAAUUCAUGGGCAGGAAGAGCAACGCUUUGUUUCAGAUAUGCCUUCCUCUGCUUCUCCAAAUUCUCAACAUUGAUUAUCUACAAGAAUCGAGACGAACCACUGUAGAUGAAGAUCAAAUCGAAGAUAAAGAAUCAGACGUCCAGUCAAUUCAACUCUAUACCGCAAUUGAUGGGAAGUAAACAUCUGAUUGAGGUUAACAUUUUAUUCCUGUUCUUAGUUAUAUAUUCUUGAUGGAUUCCGCCAUUAUUCUGUAUUGACCUUAUAUGAUUAUUUGGUGGGCUCUUUUGGCUAAACUUUGUUAUAAGCCAUUUUUUUUUCCUUUUUAAGUGUUUUCUUAUCUUAACUGAUUCUGUGAUUGAGCUUGCUUGUUUAUUAUAAGUGAGCUUUUCUGCUA